CCUCUUUUGUUUGUUCUGUUUCCUAUAGGAAUCCUCUCAUUCCUUUUUAUUUUCUCAAGAGGAAUUCUCUCUCUCUCUCUCUCUCUACCCCCCAAAAACUACUUGGCGUAUUGGGCCAAUGAAGCAUCUUUGGAAUGUGUUACACCAAAUCUCACAUGCUCAUGGAUCUGUCUGUACAUGAACAUGAUUGAUACAGCUGGUAAUUAAUUUGAGUUCCAUCGUCAAGAAGAAAUCUCCGAAACUGAACACAUGGAACAACCAUUAUGAUGAUCCUAUAUAGUUUGGUGCAACCAAGGUAUCUGAUACUUGGAACUUGAAAUCAAUACUGGCCAUACAUAUUCAGUUUCCAGAUGGGCAGUAUUCAAAUGUCUCGUUUGAUGCUGUUGUUGGCGGUAUUUAGCGCCGGUUUUGCUGUUACUCAUGCAGACAAUGCAUCUGAUUCUUUUUGGCUUCUGAGAGUUAAGUCAGAGAUAAUUGAUCCUGCAAGAGUUCUUGAGAACUGGACUCCCAGAGCUCACAUAUGCAGCUGGAAUGGAUUAACGUGUUCAGAUGAUCAAAGCCAUAUUCUGGGCUUGAAUCUGUCCGGUUCAGGACUUUCAGGCUCACUCUCACAUGAGAUUGGGCACCUUUCUUCUCUUGAAACACUUGAUAUGUCCUCCAAUUUUCUCACUGGUUCAAUCCCUUCAGAGCUCGGGAAACUUCAAAAUCUAAGGAUACUACUUCUCUAUACAAAUUCUCUCUCUGGUAAGAUUCCUGCAGAGAUAGGUCUACUGAAGAAGUUGCAAGUUCUUAGAAUAGGAGAUAACAUGUUAACGGGUGAAAUUACAUCAUCUAUUGGAAAUCUGAGUGAGUUGAGAGUAUUGGGUCUUUCUUAUUGCCAAUUUAAUGGAAGCAUUCCAAUUGAGAUUGGUAACUUGAAGCAUCUGAGCUCUCUUGAUUUGCAGAAUAACAGUGUCAGUGGCCUUAUACCAGAAGAGAUUCGUGGCUGUGAAGAACUUGAAAACUUUGCAGCAUCUAACAACCAGCUCCAAGGAGACAUCCCUUUAUCAAUAGGAAUGCUUAAAUCACUUCAAGUUCUUAAUCUGGCUAACAACAGUCUUUCUGGAUCAAUUCCUAUUGCAUUAAGUCGUCUCUCUAAUCUGAAAUAUUUGAAUUUGCUUGGGAAUAAACUAAGCGGUGAAAUUCCUUCAGAGCUUAACCAGUUGAUCCAACUUGAGGAGCUUGAUUUAUCAGAAAACAACAUCUCAGGAACCAUAAGCCUUCUCAAUACCCGGUUGAGAAAUCUAAAAGCCCUUGUUCUCUCUGACAAUGCUUUGACAGGUAGCAUCCCAAGCAACUUUUGCCUAAGAAAUUCUACUCUGCAACAACUUCUUCUGGCUGGAAAUAAGCUCUCAGGCGAAUUCCCCUUGGAGCUACUGAAUUGUUCCUCACUCCAAGAAUUAGACCUUUCUAAUAAUAAGUUUGAAGGAGAACUGCCAUUCCUCCUGGACAAACUUGAGAAUCUGAAAGAUCUCUUACUCAACAAUAACAGCUUUAUCGGUGCUUUACCUCCUGAAAUAGGAAACCUGAGCAAUUUGGAAAAUCUUUUCCUGUUUGACAACAUGAUCACAGGUGGGAUUCCAGUGGAGAUUGGGAAGCUACAGAGGUUGAGUGCCAUUUACCUCUAUGAUAAUCAGAUGUCAGGAAAUAUACCUAGAGGGCUAACAAACUGCACGAGCUUGACAGAAAUUGAUUUUUUUGGAAAUCAUUUUACUGGGUCUAUUCCUGCAACAAUUGGGAAGCUUAAGAAUCUAGUUCUGCUUCAGCUGAGGCAGAAUUACCUGUCAGGCCCCAUACCACCAAGCUUGGGUUACUGCAAAAGGCUUCAGAUAUUGGCCUUGGCUGAUAACAGACUCUCUGGAUCACUGCCACCCACAUUCAGGUUCCUUUCAGAACUGAGUAAAAUCACUCUCUAUAACAACUCCUUCCAAGGCCCUCUUCCCAAUUCUUUGUUCCUUCUCAAAAACCUCAAAAUAAUAAAUUUUUCUCACAACAGGUUUAAUGGAACCAUCUUUCCUCUCUCUGGUUCAAAUUCCCUGACUGCAUUAGACUUAACAAACAACAGCUUCUCAGGUCCCCUUCCUUCUAGGCUAGCCAUGUCAAGAAAUCUAGAACGUGUCCGCCUAGCACACAAUCAUCUUACUGGCACUAUUCCUUUUAUAUUUGGCCAGCUCAUAGAGCUCAAAUUCCUUGAUCUAUCUUUCAACAAUCUCUCGGGAGGACUGCCAUCUCAACUCUCAAGCUGUGAAAAACUUGAGCACCUUUUACUCAACAAUAACCAGUUCAAAGGCACAAUGCCUCCAUGGUUAGGGAGCUUCCAAGAACUUGGGGAGCUAGACCUUUCAUCCAACUAUUUCUUUGGAACAGUGCCUGUAGAGCUUGGAAACUGUUCGAGGUUACUCAAGCUUUAUCUCCAUAGGAACACUCUCUCGGGAGAGAUCCCACCGGAGAUCGGAAAUCUGACUUCUCUCAAUGUCCUUACUCUUCAGAGAAACAAUCUUUCAGGCUCCAUUCCGUCAACAAUCCAAAAGUGUAAGAAGCUCUACGAACUGAGGUUCUCAGAAAAUUUCUUGACAGGUUCAAUAUCAUCUGAUCUAGGAAGACUUACUGAGCUACAAGUGAUCUUGGACUUGAGUAAAAAUCUCUUCUCUGGGGAAAUCCCAUCGUCUAUUGGAAACCUGGUCAAGUUAGAGAGACUGAACCUCUCUUAUAAUCAACUCCAAGGAGAAAUACCACCCACACUUGGAAAACUGACCAGCCUCCACGUGCUAAAUUUAUCAAACAAUCGUCUCCAAGGCCAUAUUCCUUCAUUUUUUUCAGGAUUCCCACUAAGUUCUUUCCUGGGUAAUGACAAGCUAUGCGGCCCACCAUUAGUAACUUGCUCGGGAUCAAUGGGGCAAGGAAAAAAGCAUCUUUCCAACACUGAAGUGGCGGGUAUUAUAGUGGUCAUUGUCUUUACUUCUACAGUGAUAUGCUUGAUAAUGCUUUAUAUCAUGUUCAGAAUCUGGUGCCACUGGAGAGAAGUUUCGAUUUCGAGUGCAGAUGGUACCGUUGGAACUGAAAAAAAGAGGGGGGAAGGGAAAUGGGUCUAUGGAGAUGAGAAGAGGAGGAAUGGUGACUACUGGAAAGUUAACUCCAUGGUACUAGGUGCUUCACAAGAUAAGCCGGCGAAGUCUACAACAGCAUGCGUCUUCCACCUCAAAACGGAUUCAGAAGACAUGGCAGAUACUUGUUCAAAAGUUACGUAGUAAUUUAAUUUUUUUUAAUUUCUUUUUUUAAAUUCUUGGUUGGGCAUUAAUUUACUCUUAUGAUUUUCUUCCUUUCUUGUUCGUAUAAAGUGAUGUGUUACACGGCUC